AUGGCGGCUCCAUGCACCCUGUGCGUGAGCCUGCUGGUACUGAUGACCAUGCUGCUCCAACUCCGCAUCGCCUUGGCCUUCUACAUCCAAAUCGAUGCCCAUGGGGAGGAGUGUUUCUUUGAGGAAGGCAAAAUGGGAACCAGAAUGGCCCUCAGCUUUGAGGUGAUACAGGGUGGCUUCCUGGACAUAGAUGUGGACAUCACCGGCCCUUACAACAACGCCCUCUACCAACAAGCCAGGGAGAUGAGUGGUCGCUAUGCCUUUGUCGUCUCUCAGGAUGGCUCCUACAAAUUCUGCUUCAGCAACCACAAAUCCAGCUUGAUGCCCAAGACGGUCAUGUUCACAAUUGAUACCAGCCAGCCCAUGGAUACCUACCACUCCCGGUUGGAGAAGGACAGUCCUCACAUUCAGCUGGAGGAGACAAUCAAGCAGCUGGCCCAAACAAUCAAGGCAGUCAAACAGGAGCAGGAGCAUAUGGAGGUCCGGGAGAAGAUCUACCGGGCCAUCAACGAGGCCACCAACCGGAGGGUGGUCGUGUGGAUCUUCUUCGAGGCUGCCAUCCUGCUAAUCAUGACCUUGUGCCAGAUCUACUACCUAAGGAACUUUUUCUUAGUCCGAAGGAUGGCGUAA